AUCCUUAGGGACUGAAAGUGGAAAAGUGAGAAACAGACAGGGAUUGAUCAGAGAGACAGAGGGAGAAAGCGCACAGGACAGAGGAGAGAGCAGAGGAUAAAGAGACAGAGGGGAAGAUAAGAGGCAGAUAAAUCAGAAUUAUAUUAAACUAUGAUAAAGUAUUGAGAAACAGACUCAGAUUAAAGCGACAGACAGACGAACAGACGGAAGAAAGUUCAACCCAGAUCACUAAAGGUGUACGGCCAUGUUGGAUAUUUCAGCCAGAGUGUGUGUCCUGUGGAUCCUGAGUGUACUGUAUUCCGGAUGGGCCCUAGAGAGCACCACCACACAAAGCCCCGCUCAGGACAGUGGCCUCAAGUUCCGUCUCUCAGGUUACCCGCGUAAACAUAAUGAGGGGCGGAUAGAAGUAUUUUACAACCAGGAAUGGGGAACCAUCUGUGAUGACGACUUUACCAUAGAAAAUGCCCAUGUCCUCUGUCGUCACCUCGGUUUCACUGCCGCAACUGGAUGGACACACAGCGCCAAGUAUGGGAAAGGCAUAGGUCGUAUUUGGCUUGAUAAUGUCAUCUGUUCAGGAAAUGAGAAAAUCAUCUCAGACUGCAAGUCCAGAGGGUGGGGAAACAGUGACUGCACCCAUGAAGAAGAUGCUGGUGUUAUCUGCAAGGAUGAGCGGAUUCCUGGAUUUGUUCAACCCAAUACCAUUGAGACAGAGCAGCGUCAGGUAGAGGAGGUACGCCUUCGGUCUGUUGUUACCAAUGCGAAGAAGCGCCUCCCAGUAAGUGAGGGGAUUCUGGAGAUUCGACACAGGAAUUCGUGGGACCAGGUGUGUGAUGUCGGAUGGACACAGAAGAACAGUUAUGUCAUUUGUGGGAUGCUGGGAUUUCCAUCAGACAAGAAAGUGAACAAAAAUUUCUACAAGCUGUAUUUGGAGAAGCAUCAGCCCUCAUACCGACUGCACUCAGUGCGCUGCGGGGGCAAUGAGGUUCACCUGUCUCUUUGUCCUAUGGAGUUCUACAAAGUGAACAGCACGGCCCAGUGUCAUGGGGGGUCACCGGUUGUGGUGAGCUGCACAGUGAAACCAGGAGUCAGCGGGCCACCUCCACCCAAAAAAAAGAAAGUAAACCAACUUCAACAAGAGGAAAAUAUCCGUCUAAAAGGAGGAGCUCGGCCUGGGGAGGGACGUGUGGAGGUGCUGAAGAAGGGUCAGUGGGGGACAGUGUGUGAUGACCGAUGGGACCUACAAGCUGCAAGUGUGGUCUGUAGGCAGCUUGGCUUUGGAAGUGCUAAGGAAGCCCUGACUGGCGCUCGCAUGGGGCAGGGUAUGGGGCCCAUUCACAUGAACGAGGUGAGGUGUAAUGGUACAGAGAACUCUUUGUGGGAUUGUCAGUACAAGAAUAUCACUGAGGAGGACUGUAAGCAUAGUGAGGAUGCAGCCGUCAAGUGCAACUUUCCAUACAUGGGCUAUGAGACGACGAUACGCAUUGUCGGUGGACGCACGCAGUUUGAGGGGCGUGUGGAGGUGAAACUGGGAACAUCUUGGGGCUACCUGUGUAGUGAAGGAUGGACUACCAAGGAGGCUAUGGUGGCAUGUCGACAACUUGGCCUGGGGUAUUCACUACAUGCGGUGACGGAAACCUGGUACUGGGAUGCCAGUAAUGCAACAGAAAUGGUCCUGAGUGGUGUAAGAUGUACAGGAAAUGAGAUGGCUCUUACACAAUGUGCGCGUCACAACACUGUCAGCUGCAAGAAUACAGGGACACGGCACGCCGCAGGGGUCAUCUGCUCUGAGACUGCCUCAGACCUGGUACUGCACUCUGCCUUGGUCCAGGAAACCGCAUAUAUUGAGGAUCGACCCUUACACAUGUUGUAUUGUGCCGCUGAAGAGAACUGUCUGUCUAGCUCAGCCCGCCAUGCCAACUGGCCUUAUGGACAUCGUCGCCUUCUUCGUUUCUCCUCCCAGAUACACAACAAUGGACGAGCUGACUUCAGGCCCAAGGCUGGGAGACACUCCUGGGUGUGGCACGAGUGCCAUAGGCAUUAUCACAGCAUGGAUAUCUUCACACACUACGACCUCCUUACAACCAAUGGGACUAAAGUAGCUGAGGGACAUAAAGCCAGCUUUUGUUUAGAGGACACGGAGUGCCAGGAACUUACUGCUUAUUGA